GCACGCCCUCGUCGUGGCGCUCUUCGUCCGGCAGCCCCGAGGACGAGCUGACGUCGGCGUCACUGUCGCCACCGCCCUCGCUGCUGGCCGGAGGCCCGGCGUCGGCCUCCUGCUCCGACUCCGAGCUGUCCUUCACCAUCGGUGUCACUGAGGCGACGCCCUAUGCCUGCCACUUCUGCGACAAGGCUUUUCCCAGGCUCAGCUACCUCAAGCGACACGAACAGGUGCACAGCGAUCGGAUGCCAUUUCGGUGCGACUUCUGCCAGCGGCUGUUCAAGCACAAACGCAGUCGCGACCGGCACGUGAAGCUGCACACGGGCGACCGAAAGUACCGGUGUUCGCAGUGCGAGGCGGCCUUCUCGCGCUCCGACCACCUCAAGAUCCACAUGAAGACCCACGACCAUGCCAAGCCGUUCCAGUGCGCUAUGUGCAACCGCGGCUACAACACGGCGGCAGCCCUCACCUCGCACAUGCAGAACCACCGCAAGAGCGCCGCUGCGGCUGCAGUGACCAAUGGCCUCGAGCCGUCGGCCACACUAUCCCGGCCCGGCUCGAGUCUGGCAUCGGCCAAUGGAACGAACAUGCUCGCUGCGGUGGGCAAUCCGACCGACGGUGGUUCGACGUCCAUGUCCCGGGACGAUAGUUCCUCGUGCUCGACUGACAAGCUGAGCCUACCCGGUGGCAGCCCUGGUCCGGGCAACGUUGAAGUCCAAGCAAAUGGAUACAAAUCUUUAUCUGAGCGGGCUGGCAGCACGAGCCCCCGAGACCAAGGCGAGCCGCUGGCGUGUGGCUUCUGCAGCCGGAGUGACUUCAGCAGCUUGGAGUCCCUGCAGGCGCAUGUGCGCGCCACGCAUGUUCCUUUCUCGGCGGCUUCGCUGGUGGGGCCGUCACACGGAGGUCAACUGCGGCCGGAACCCAGCGGCCGCUCGGCGUCCCGCCAUUCACCGCCGGCUGCCACCACGGCCUCGUCGUUGGUGGACGCAUCGUACGAGUGCGAAUACUGCGGCAUGAAGCUGCCCAGCGUUCACGCCCUGCAGACUCAUACGCUCGCCGCGCACAGCUUCAGCGAGGUGCUGAGCAAGCGUAUGUCGGCCAUGAUGGGGGCCGACUCCGGCGGUGGGCCUCUGCUCUGCAGCCAGUGCGGCGCCGCGGCGGCAGACUUCGAGUCGUUUCGGGCGCACUUAGCGUCUCACCUGGAAGGACGGAUGUCGCGUUGCUGCCCCGAGUGUCGCGCCGAAUUCCCAUCCUCGCAGCAGCUCGAAGCGCACGUCGCCGCGCACUUCCUGGCCACGUCAGUCGAGUACGGCUGUCAGGCUUGCCUAAAGCUCUUCCCGCGGCCUGACGAGCUUCAGAAGCACCUGCUUGACGUGCAUGCCCACCACCUCUACCGCUGUGCACUCUGCCGGGACGUCUUCGAUUCGAAAGUCGGAGUCCAGGUCCACUUCGCCGUCAAACAUAGCAACGAGUGCCAAGUAUUCAAGUGUAGUGCUUGCAACGCUGCCUACCGGUCUGAGCCAGAGUUCGCGCUUCACGUUCAAGUCACACAUUUGGCUAAGGCUGCUCCCUACCGGUGCCUGCUGUGCGACCAGACAUUUGCUAGUGAGCCCCUGCUGCAAAGCCACUUGGACACGCACGGCAAACAAUUCGCGUGUGCCCUGUGCAGUCAAGCCUUUCACGUAGAGUUUUUGCUCGAGAAGCACAUGCAAGCUUGCCACGCAGCCGACCUAACCUUGCACCCGGACGGAGUGCAGAAUCUGAGCGUCAAGUCGAGGAUCAAGGACAACAAGUGCGACAUCUGUGACCAGUCGUUCGGAGCAGACUCCCUUCUCGCGGCGCACCGCAAGCAAGUGCACAACGUGCGUUCUUCGUCGCUGAAGUCGGUGAGCCUGCUGUGCGCGUACUGCAACGAACCGUGCAAGUCGCGCUCGGAUCUGGAGAACCAUAUGAAGAGUCACACCGCGAGUCCCAGUAAGCACAAGUGCAACAUCUGUGACGAGAUGUGCCCCUCGGCGACCACGCUGGCCGAGCACAAGCUUACGCACUGCAAGGUCGUUAAGGGUUCCACGUGUGCCGGUUGCCGCGAGGUGCUCCGCUCCGAGGAGCAGUUUUUGACGCACGUCAACUCUCACGGCGGAGGUCCCGCGUUGCCACUGCCCUGCGUGGUGUGCCGCCAAACGCUCAUGUCUCAGGUGGAACUGCGAAUGCACGCUCGCUUCCACGUAGCCCACUGCGACAAGGGCUCUCUGUGCUGCGUCUGCGAGCGGCCCCUGGACGCCGCCAGCCGCAUCAUCACCGGCCGCCAGCAAGAGCGGCAGUCGUUUAUGUGCAAGGACUGCUUCCACGCCAAGGGUGUCCAGGACCAAGGCCGCUGUCCCGAGUGCCGCAUCAAGUUCGAGUCGCCACUCGAGCUCGAACAACACGUGCGCAGCAGCCACGGCGGCUGAGCAGCCCCUUCUCAUUCAUCACCGGUGUGCACAUCGCAAACAAUCAAACGCGCCCGCGGUCUUUCGGUUAACUUAUUUUUCUUCCGUGGCGCGCCUCUCGUGUUUUUCCAGUCCUGGCUCGAGACAAAUCGCAACACGUCUAUUUAGAAAGUAUACCUCCUAAUAUAUCUGAUCAUAUUGUCAAAACAAGAAAGGCGUGUGUGUGGUUUUCAAGCUGUUCUUACCUGAGUGCUUCUCUGGUGCAUAAUUUCACCAAAGUAUGUAAAUACAAGUUGUCCAUAUUCAUCGCCAUGUUUUUGUUUUAUGUGUCGACAUCUUAAAGCAGGGUAUGAAACUGCAUACAUUUUAAGCUGCCGGUUGUUUUAUGCCUUGGUAUAAUACUCUUCAUGAAGCACGUUUGUAACAGUGAAUACCCCACAGCCAAAUAUGAAUAGUUUAUUCAUCCCAGUGUUUAAUUAUCUGUGUUUGUGUUUCGGAAGCAUUCUUAUGUUUCUUUACGCAAGUAUACAAUAUCAACUAGUUUUUUAUUUUUGAUAUUCCUUUUAUUUUUACAUUUUGCCUGUGUGUUUUGCGAGGUUCACGAGGCGAAUAAAGUUGGUAUUUUCAAGGGA